AGCAGGUAGCUCACAAGUCGCCAAACUGCACCGCGAGUGCAAUUUUCAAACAACUCUUGAAGAUUGGCCAUGGCCGGCUUUGGGUCUCCCUGCGGCGCCUGCAAGUUUCUCCGGCGGAAGUGCGUGGCCGGCUGCGUCUUCGCCCCCUACUUCCGCGACGAGCAGGGUGCUGCCCACUUCGCCGCCAUCCAUAAGGUCUUUGGGGCUAGCAAUGUCGGCAAGUUGCUCAUGCACCUGCCGUUGCCCGACCGCUUUCAGGCCGCAAUUACGAUCUCCUACGAGGCUCAAGCAAGGCUCCAGAACCCCAUCUAUGGCUGCGUCGCCCAUAUCUUCGCCCUCCAACAACAAAUUCUUAAUCUACAAGCUCAAGUGGCCUCCCUUGAAGCACAGACGUCAAAAGGACUCAAUGCCACUGCCAUCAAUCCCCCUCCUCCUUCUCAUCCUCAUCCACAACAAGUCAACCCCUACAACGCAUUUCAACCUCACCAAAGUCAACACUCAUCUCAUGGCUUCUUCAUCAACCAAACUUUAGGGGUCGCAGAGAUGACUACACCCUCCAUGGAUGUGGAACAUUCCAUGAAUGGAAUUGACCCCGACUUCGAAAUGAUUGGUGAGGAUUUACUGUGCCCUUUUGGAAAUGAGGACUUCAAUUGCUUGGAUAUCCAAGACAGCUUUUGGAAGUCAACUUACCAAGGAAUGGAGGAGAGGCUCAAUUUCUAAGGGCUCGCUAAGAUAAAUUACAGGGGAUUGUCAUUUAUUUCAUGCUUAUUUUGAAGGCAUGGGAUAAAAUUACUGUAGUGAAAUAGGAUGUGAAAUAGUUAAUGCAUUAUAAAUAUGAUUUAAAAAGAAGAAUAUACAAAAAGG